AUGGGUCCUCCAACCGCAAUCGUUACCGGUGGCUCAUCUGGUAUAGGGAACGCGCUCGUACGGCAUCUUGUCUCCUUGAAAUGGAGGGCCGUCAUAGCCGACAUCAAUCCUCCAAAAGAGUCCCUACCAGAAACAUUAUUUAUCCAAACCGACAUUUCUUCCUGGAAUGACCAAGCCGAGAUGUUCAAGCAAGCCUACGCCUGGAGCGGGCGUCUCGACUUUGUUGCUCUUAAUGCUGGUGUCGAAGAUGGAGACGAGAUAUUUGGUUCGCUCUCCAACAAAGUGGACAAGCCACCAUCACGGCCGAACACGAGAUCGUUUGAUGUGAACAUCACCGGGACAUACUACGGCAUCAAACUUGCUGCACACUACAUGACCGUCCCAAGCACAGAGGCCGGUAAGCCUCAUCCUGGUGGCAAGAUAGCCAUCACGGCAUCCGGGGGAGGAAUAUUCCCCAUCCCGAUUCUCCCUCAGUACACGGCCAGCAAGCAUGCCCUGGUGGGGCUGGUUCGAGCUCUGGCGAGAAACGAAGCGUCUUCGAAGGCCAACGUACGCAUCAACACGGUCUGUCCGGCCAUUGUCGAUACCCCAGGCCUCCCGCCGGGCUUGGUGAGUAAACUUCCACCCGACCAGAUCACACCGAUGAGCACCAUCAUCCAAUGUUUCGAUGCGCUGGUGGAUUUUGCCCGUGCUGGCGACGACGACUGGGUCCAGCGAGGGAAGACGGGUCAGACCGUGGAAGGCAACGGGGAGGAACUGAUCUGGCACCACCCGCCGGAGCCGAAGGGUGGUAAGUUUGUGCGGGAGACCGGCGUUCUGGCUGCCGCAGAGGCGUACAAGGAGAGAGCUGAGAAGGUUGCGAUAUGA